AAAGACCUCAUCACUUCUCAUUAUCCAAGUAUACCUUCUUCUUCCACUCCUCCAAACUUGGAUCACUAUAUACUCAUUCUAAUCAUACUGCAGUUGGUUGCCGUACAUAGAUCCAGUAUGCUGCCAAGAAGUCGAACUCUUCCUUCAAGGAUCCAGAUCGGCAACAUUGAUGAAAGGCAUGAUCUUAAGCACUAUCUUCAAGUGGAGGUCCAGCCUAAACUUAAAAUUUCAACCCAACAAACGGAUGAUCAACACCCCAUCAACAUGGAGGCCAAUUAUUCCAAGUGUUUCGACGACGACGGUCGCUUAAAGAGAACCGGUACCUUCUGGACCGCCUCAUCGCAUAUAAUCACAGCUGUGAUCGGCUCGGGUGUUCUCUCCUUGGCAUGGGCCAUAGGCCAGCUUGGUUGGAUUGCUGGACCCACAGUUAUGAUCCUUUUUGCAUUUGUCAUUCUCUAUACUUCCAAUCUUUUGUCACAGUGCUACAGGUCUGGUGAUCCUGUAACCGGACCACGAAAUUACACUUACAUGGAUGCAGUUAGAGCUAAUAUGGGGGGACGGAGAGUUGCUAUAUGUGGGAUGGUUCAAUACAUAAAUCUCUUCGGUGUAGCCAUUGGUUACACCAUUGCAGCGUCAGUUAGUAUGAUGGCAAUAAAGAGAUCAAAUUGUUACCAUAGUAGUCAUGGGAAAGAUCCAUGUCACAUGUCAAGCAACGGAUAUAUGAUAGCGUUUGGAGUUAUUGAAAUUCUCUUUUCUCAGAUUCCGGACUUCGAUCAAAUGUGGUGGCUCUCCAUAGUUGCUGCUGUAAUGUCCUUCACUUACUCUUUUGUUGGUCUAGGACUUGGAAUCGGAAAAGUUGCAGGUAAUAGGAGCUUCAAGGGAAGCCUAACUGGGAUCAGCAUAGGGACAGUAACACCUAGCGGAUCAACAGUUACGGAAACUCAGAAACUAUGGAGGGGCAUGCAAGCUUUAGGAGCUAUUGCAUUUGCCUACUCUUAUUCCAUCAUCCUAAUUGAAAUACAGGAUACUCUGAAAUCCCCACCGGCAGAGUACAAGACCAUGAAAAAGGCAACUGUAUUAAGUAUCGCAGUCACUACACUUUUCUACCUGCUAUGUGGAUGCAUGGGUUAUGCAGCUUUUGGAGAUUUGGCCCCGGGCAAUCUUCUUACUGGAUUUGGAUUCUACAACCCGUAUUGGCUACUUGACAUUGCUAAUGUUGCUAUAGUUGUUCAUCUUGUAGGUGCAUACCAGGUAUAUUGCCAACCCCUGUUCGCAUUUGUGGAAAAAUGGAGUGCAAAAAAGUGGUCAAGGAGUCAUUUUGUAACAGGAGAGUAUGACAUACGGAUCCCAUUCUUGGGUGUUUACCAGAUAAAUUUGUUUCGAAUGGUAUGGAGGACAUGCUUCGUGGUGCUAACAACGAUCAUAGCCAUGCUGCUGCCUUUCUUCAACGACGUUGUGGGGAUUCUAGGUGCCAUGGGGUUUUGGCCACUGACAGUGUACUUCCCCGUUGAGAUGUACAUUUCUCAGAAGAACAUAGGGAAAUGGACUCAUCGUUGGCUCGGACUUCAGUUGCUAAGCUUUGCUUGCCUUAUUGUCUCUAUAGCCGCAGCCGUCGGCUCUUUUGCUGGUGUUGUUCUUGACUUACAGAGUUAUAAGCCCUUCAAGACUACUUACUGAUCAUGGCGCAUAACUGUGUGCUCUCUCGCUCUCUUCCAGAUGACAAGAUUAAUACCUUGUUCAUGUUGUUGAUAAAUUUCAGAUACUACUCACAGCCACUAAAAAACCUAGUGCUGUAGCUGUAUUAUGUACUAUGUGUUUUGUAAUAUUUACUCGCUUGAUGAACGAAUUCACAGUUAUUGUUUCGGAAA